GCCGGGCUCUUGGAGUAUAUAAGCUCCUGUGUUUAGGAGCAUGUCGGGGUGAAGUGAAAUGGAGAGAGGGGCGUGGCUUCAGGUUUGUAUGGUACACCCCACCUCCACCUGCGUGGCCUAGAGACAGAAUAGUUUUCCCGGUCUGUACUUAGUUGGCAUUUGCCCUGGGCGUUGGGAGUUUACCAUUGGAAGCACAGUGGUGGUGUAAAGGACAGAAGAUGGAGACUUGUUGAGUAGCCAGCAUGGCAGUGACUUUCGUGAAGGUAGAGGUGAAUUUAAAUGAGGACUUAGCUGUAUGUCUGAAAAUAAUGAGGCACUCGAAAAGUUGAGAUAAAUUGAACCUGGGGGAUUGAAUUUCAUCCAAGGAGAAGUAUUCAGACGUUCUUUGAGAAGGUUGGUAGGAAAAGCAAACCUUGCAGUCAUGCGACAGCAGUCAACAUGGAAGCCUUCCUGCUUGACGUUUGCACUGACAGGUAAUCAAGCAGUGAGUUCUGCGGCAGACACCAGCUGAGUGUGUGUCCUCUAAUUCAAGUCGCAUGUGACAUGUUCUACCUGGAGAGAGUGACAUCCCACGGGUUGAGGGCUCAGUCCCAGAGGACUGCGCCCCACUUCCUUAUGUCAACCAUAAGCACCAGGUGGUUUUUCUUGUGCUUCUGACGGACUGGCUGUAAACCGUGUUUCCAUUACCCUCUCUUUGGAUUUGGUUCAUUUCCUAGGGUGGCUCACAGAACUCAGGAAAGCAUACAGUGUUUACUGGUAUAUUGCAAAGGGUUUUCCCAGUGAUGUGGAUGAAGAGUUGCACAGGGCAAAGUAUGCGAGAAGGGGCAUGGGGCAUCCACACCACUCUCCACAUGUUCUGCUGUCCAGCAGGUCCCCAAAUCCUCUCCUUGUGGGUUGAGGAGCCUUCAUUACAGAGAUUAAGUCAUUGGCUGUUGGCCGUCAACUCAACCUUCAGCCCGUCUCCACUCCCCUGAGGCUGGAGCUGGAAGUCCUAGCACACUAAUGUUGCCUCAGUCUGUCUGCUGACCACCCCCAUCCUGAAGCUACUCAGGAGCUUCCAGCUGUCAGUUGAUCCUAAGCAUACAAAGAGACAUCCUCACUUCCAAGAUUUCACGGAUUUGAGGACAAAUACCAAGUAAAUAUUUCAUAGUGUCACAGGAGGUGUGUUGAAUGUUGUCAGAAUUGUGCAUUGAGAAACUGCUAAUCCUGUGACCAUAUAGAGAAGGGACUCAAGCAGGUCUAUCACACAGAAAAUUAUUAGUCCUAGUUAAUUAAACUGAUAGUAGGAUAAAAGGAAAGAACAGCUGCAAGAGGCGUUCUGUAGAAAGACUUGACUGAUUUUAAUCCUAAAUGCAUGGAAGAUGGCAGUGAUAUGAAUAGAAAUGGACAAAUACAUGGUGAAAUACAGCCUUGAGGGGAUUUCAGUUUGGGAUCUAUUGAAAUUAUAGUGCAGGAGAAUCCUAUAGCUGGAGGUAUCCUGCUGGCAUUUCAAGUUGUAGGUCAGGGAAGUAAAAGGUCAGUUAGAACCAGACAGAGAUUUGGGUGGUUUUGGAAGAGAUAGAUAUUGACAUUGUGAUAGAGAUCACAAAAGGAGAAAGCAAGGAGAGAGAAAAAAGGAACUUGACGCGUGUGUACUGUUUCAGUUAUCUUAAAGGAAACCCUAAAUUUAGUGACUUAAAACAGUUUCUCAGGAUCUGUAGGCUGAGUGGUCAAUUGUACUGCUGGUCUCACUUGGGAGUCACUCAUAUACAAGGUUUUCAAAAAGAAUGCAAAUGCAUAUUAUGAAAAAACUGUGCAUAGGUAAAAUUUUUGCAGCAAAAUAAACUUAAUUUUUAUAUUUUUAAAACAUUUAUUUAUUUAUUUGAAAGGCAGAGUUACAGAGAAGCAGAGAAAGAGAGAGACAGAAAAAGAUAGUCAGAUAGCCACAGUGGCCGGAGCUGAACUGAUCCGAAGCCAGGAGCUAGGAGCUUCUUCCAGGUCUCCCACGUGGGUGCAGGGGCCCAAGGACUUGGGCCGUCUUCUCCUCUCCCCGGCCAUAGCAGAGAGCUAGAUUGGAAGUGGAGCAGCCAGGACUCGAACCACCACCCAUAUGGGAUGCCAGCACUGCAGGUGGUGGCUUUACUCGCUAUGCCACAGCGCCAGCCUCAAUUUUAUUUUGAAAGUCAGAGUUAAAAGAGGAAGAGAGAGAGAUCUUCCAUCCUCUGGUUCACUCCCCAAAUGACUGUAGUGGCCCAGGCUGGCCAAGCCAACGCCAGGAGUCAGGAGCUUCAUCUGGGUCUCCCAUGUGGGUGACAGGUCCCAAACACUUGGGCCAUUCUCUGCUGCCUUUCCCAGGCCAUUAGCAGGGAGCUGGAUUGGAAGUGGAACAGUUGGGACACAAACCCCCACCCAUAAGGGAUGCUGGCAUUGUAGGUGGUGGCUUUCCCUGCUGUGCCACAAUGCUGGUCUCUUGUCUUUUAAUUUCAUUUUUCCAUUAACUUUUUGAAGUAUCCUCAUAUAGCUGCAUUCAGCUGGUGAAUCAUCUGGGCACUAGGCCUAGGUGGGCUUUAGCUUGGAAGCCUUGGUUUUGAUCCACAUGAACUCUCUAUAUGGCCAGCUUGGGCUUCCUCACAGCAUGGCAGUGUGCCAAGAGCUAUAGGGGCAUUUUCUCUCUUUCAGUGUCAUUUCUACCAUUCUUCAUCGGUUAAAACACAUCAGGGAAGGAGAAAUAGACUGCCUCCUACUGGAGGAGUGAGUGGAAAACUGAUUGCAAAAGGUGUUUGGGGAUAGGAGACUUAGAGUCUACCACACUAACAUUUAAACUAAAAUACUCAAUAUGCAGAGAUAAGUGAACUUCAGGACUGUAUUAUCCAUCUACAAAGACACCUAUGUAGGUCUUCCCCAGUAAAGUGACCCCUUUCCUCUGCUGAAGUGUAAGGGGCUCAAGCAUUCUUGUUAACCCUUCUUCCCUCAUUCUGUAUCCCUUUUCUCUGGGUUCAACCCCUUAGUGUUCAAGAAAUACUUAGGGUUCGCUUCUCCAAUAGUAGAGGCAAGCAGUCUCAGCUUUUGAGUGCGUCCUACAGUGGAGACAAAGAUAUAAGUUAAGUUGCACAGCUUUGAAGCUUUUGUAAUGUACAUGUUAUUGAUCAGUUCCUAUGCCUUAGAUGUGUAUUUGGGAAAACACUUCUGGAAGCAUAGACCUUAGAUAAGUGAACCUUUUUCUAGCCUCUAAACUCAACAUGUAUGAAGCUUUGCCAGGCUCUGCUCCUGAAAAUGAAGACGGCCUUGUGAAAGUGAAGGUGGAAGACCCCACCUGGGAGCAGGGGUACAGCUCCCAAGAGGGCAGCCCCCACACUCAGGAGCUUUGCCGCCUGCGUUUCCGGCAGUUCUGCUACCAGGAGGCACCUGGUCCCCGAGAAGCUAUGGCACAGCUCCGAGAACUUUGCCGUCAGUGGUUGAGACCAGAGAUGCACACGAAAGAGCAGAUCCUGGAGCUGCUGGUGCUGGAGCAGUUCCUGACCAUCCUGCCAGAGGAGCUGCGGGCCUGGAUGCAGAUGUAUCCUCUGCAGAGUGGGGAGGAGGCAGUGACCGUGCUGGAGAGUCUUGCGACAGGACGUGCAGACGCAGGACAGCAGGCCUCUUUCUACAUUCAGGGACAAGACAUGCACCUAGUGGUAACAGAAUAUCAAGGAACCUCUUUGGAGUGUCAGGGUCUCCAGCUGUUGCCUGAGGUAACCACCCUGAAGUGUGAACCUCCACAGCUUCCCCAAGAAGUGAGUGGGUUUGCUCCUCAGGGACCAGCCAUUCUCCAGGAAGAAAGCUCCAGAGACAAGACAGCAGUGCCUGAGCUAAACCCAUCCAGGUUCCAGAUGUUGGUGAAGACCGAGGGCGAGGGAAGUCCAGCUUUUGCCCCAGAGCGGUGGUCACAUCUGGCUCUGGCGAAGAGGAACCCGCGUGAGAACUCGGCCCAGAAGAUGACCUGCGUCAGUCUGAUGAAUGAAGAAAUUGUGACUAAAGAUGGAUUGACUAAUGUAGAGCAAGAAACUUCCAAAGAAAUGGAACAGGGUGGAAAGACUUCAGCAGAACCCAACAGAGAUUGCGCGCCUCACAUCCCUGGUAGUACUGCUGUUCCCACUGAAAGGACGGUCUCCCAUUUGAAUACGCUGAAGGCCCGUCUCCCACGGGAUUCGUGGGCCCGGAUGCACAUCGCAUCCUUGCAGUAUGCCGCAGGAGACAUUACCCGGAAAGGGAGAAAAAAGGACAAAGCUCGAGUGAGUGAAUUGCUCCAAGGACUCGCGUUUUCUGAUGACUCAGAUGUGGAGGAAGAUAACGAGUCCGAGACCCAGCCUGCUCAGAAGAAGCCGAAGGUGUCUGGUGUCCCGGAGAGGAACUGGACUAAACGAGACAUUCAGCCCAACUUUCCAAGCUGGUCGGCAUUGGAUUCUGGACUUUUAAAUCUCAAGAGUGAAAAGUUGAACCCAGUAGAGCUCUUUGAGUUAUUUUUUGAUGAUGAAACAUUCAAUUUGAUUGUCAAUGAAACCAAUAAUUAUGCUUCUCAAAAAAAUGUCAACUUGGAAGUCACAGUUCAGGAAAUGAGGUGUGUGUUUGGUGUCCUGCUUUGGAGUGGAUUUGUAAGGCGUCCCAGGAGGGAAAUGUAUUGGGAAGUCUCUGAUGCUGAUCAGAACCUGGUCAGAAAUGCCAUUAGAAGGGAUAGAUUUGAAUUGAUUUUCUCAUACUUGCAUUUUGCAGAUAACAGCCACCUAGAUCAAAAGGAUAAGUUUUCAAAAUUGAGGCCUCUCAUAAAGCAAAUGAAUAAAAAUUUCCUCUUGUAUGCUCCCCUAGAAGAAUAUUACAGCUUUGAUAAAUCAAUGUGUGAAUGCUUUGAUAGUGACCAAUUCCUGAACGGAAAGCCUAUUAGAAUCGGCUAUAAAAUUUGGUGUGGCACAACCACACAGGGUUAUCUGGUUUGGUUUGAGCCCUAUCAAGAAGAAUCAACCAUGGAGGCAGAUAAGGAUCUUGAUCUUGGAUUAGGUGGAAAUCUAGUGAUGAAUUUUGCUGAUGUCCUUUUAGAGAGAGGUCAGUAUCCCUAUCACCUGUGUUUUGAUAGCUUCUUUACAAGUGUCAAAUUAGUGUCAGCUUUGAAGAAAAAGGGCGUGAAGGCAACAGGAACAAUACGUGAGAAUAGGACUGAAAAAUGUCCACUGAUGAACUCAGAACAUAUGAGAAAAAUGAAGAAGGGGCAUUUUGAUUUUCGAGUGGAAGAAAAUGAUGAGAUAAUUUUGUGCCGUUGGCAUGGCGAUGACAUUAUCAGUCUGUGCUCCAAUGCUGUAGGCAUAGAACCAGUCAGUGAGAUAAGUUGUUUUGCUGACGAUCAAGAGAUCCCUCAGGUAAGUCAACCGUCCAUUGUGAAAUUGUUUGAUGAAUGCAGGAAAGGUGUAGCUAAAAUGGAUCAAAUUAUUUCCAAAUAUAGGGUAAGAAUAAGGAGCAAGAAGUGGUACUCAAUUUUGGUGAGCUACAUGAUUGAUGUAGCUGUGAACAAUGCAUGGCAGUUACACAGAGCCUGCAACCCAGGUGCCUCUCUAGACCUACUGGAUUUUCGAAGAUGCAUUGCCCAUUUCUACUUGGGACAUGAUACUAAUCUGCCAGAUUAAGGCAAAUCAAAUGGAAGUAGAAUGGACCAAAAGACACAGAAAAUUCUAACUACACAUUAGAUUGUAUCCUACCAAAGCAAAUUUGAUGUAUAUAAUGAAACUAAGUAAUUAAGUAGUAUUUUUAAAUCAGAUGUUUAUAUAGAAUUUCAAAUACUAUUAUAAAAAUUACCUGUGAAAAUGUUGACCUCCA